AUGAGGAAUUUGAUCGUGAUUGUGUUAUCACUGGCCCCAUUGUUAUCUUCAGUUGCUGGCGGCGAUAUUGGCCCCCUUAUCAGUCCAGCACUUUUUAAUCAAAUGCUGAAAUAUCGUAACGACCCCAGAUGCUCCAGCAAUGGCUUCUAUACUUACAAUGCAUUCAUCACUGCUGCAAAAUCUUUCGGUGCCUUUGGAACAACGGGUGAUGUUAAUAUUCGUAAACGGGAAAUUGCGGCAUUCUUAGGCCAGACUUCACAUGAGACUACAGGUGGGUGGCCAAGUGCACCAGACGGUCCAUAUGCAUGGGGUUAUUGCUUCGUGAAAGAAAAGGGAGCAUCUGGGACUUUCUGUGAUUCUCCAGACUGGCCGUGCCCUGCUGGUAGACAAUACUACGGCCGAGGACCCAUACAACUCACUCACAACUAUAACUAUGGAAAAGCUGGCAAAGCAAUCGGAGUCGAUCUCAUAAACAAUCCAGACUUGGUGGCGACAAAUGCAGUAAUAUCAUUCAAGACGGCAAUUUGGUUCUGGAUGACGCCGCAGGGGAACAAGCCCUCAAGCCACGAUGUCAUAACUGGGAGAUGGACUCCAUCCGGUGCUGACAGGGCAGCUGGUAGAGUCCCAGGUUAUGGUGUUAUCACCAACAUUAUUAAUGGCGGACUCGAGUGUGGCAACUGGCAAGGGUCCUAAUGAUAAGGUGGCCGAUAGGAUCGGGUUCUAUA